AACACCUUUAAUUUCACCAACAACAGCAGUUACCGUAUUCCAAGUGGCGAUGUCAAUGAAACUAGACAAGCAAUUCACAGCCGCAUUAAAUGAUGCAACAAGUUCUGAAUACAAGAAUCUUAAAUUAAACAUUGAGUCAGUGUUAAAUGAGCAGUAUAAAGUAAUCACAGGGUUUAUCGGUGUUUCUGUUAACGGAUUCAGAGAAGGAAGUAUAAUUACAGACUUUGUUGUUCAGACAACACAAGUUAAGCCGACUGAAAUGGCUAAAGUAAAUCAAAAGAUCCCUGACGCAAUGAAGUCUAUUGCCGCAGUCAUUGGUUCAAUUACUGCAGAUUACAACAGUCAAACUCCAAUCAGCAUACCCCAGAUCACGUAUACUGGUACAAGCAUGACGCUGACAUGUGGGCCUCCGGAGAUUAAUGUGGGACAAAUUAAUGGUUCUGAGUGGACAUUAAAUAGAGGGGAAAUUACAGAAAGUGCAAGAAUUAAAGUAAAUACUUCUGGCAUGGUGUCUAUGCUUACAGUUGACAACGUCAUUCUUGCUGAUACUGGAAUUUACGAAUGUACUCUAAUAAGCGAAGUCAUUAAUUUCACCCAAAAAGGAGAUACAACGAAUAAAAUCCAACAAGCUCCCAUUAUACAACUACAGAGUAUUGUUAAUGUUUAUUGUAAUGGGACAGAAGGACAGAAACAACCACUUGAGUGUUGCGUGCAGUCCCCCUAUACGGUCACGUGGUUUAGCUCAACUAAUGCACCCUUAGUUUCCAAGAGUGAAAAAAACUGCAUCACGUAUGAUUACGUGCUUGGGAGCUGCAGUGGAGGACAACAAAUAAAUUUUGUUUGUAAAGUAGAUAAUCCAAAGGAUUAUAAUAAAACAACAGUAAUUAAAAUUUUCACACAAGUUCCAACAUGUGUUGAUACUCAUUAUGGGUCUGGACGAGUAGGCGACAUAUCACGCAUAGGAUGUGAUGUAGGUCAGGACGGGAGCAGGACUGCGGUCUGUCAGCAAACAGGGUGGACGCUUUUGCAGGACACCUGCAUCGUAACAGCAAUCAACAAUUUGUUAAUUUUUUCAACGAAUUUGAAGGAGGCUCAAGUACCAGACUUCGUGGCAAAUCUAAGUAGCACGGUCCAAAAUGUAAAAGACAAAAUAGCAACGUCAUCUGCAACCAUAUCAGCUAUCGUUGACAUCCUAAACAACAUUGCAAAUGUUUCCAUUGGUGUUGUCACUGCACGUGUCAUGGAGAAUGUACUUGAAACAGUUGAUGUCGUCAUUGGUAGUGAAUCAAGACAGUCCUGGACAUUUCUGAAUGAAAAUAGAACCAGCAAUGCGAGCUCAGCACUACUGGGUUCAAUGGAGACCCUGUCUGAGAGGUUGGUAGGGGAGAUUGUCUUAGAGACUCCACGGAUCUUGCUCAAGAGAAACACUACGUUUAACAACUCCUUCACGGUCAAUCUGAACAACAGCAUUUCCAUAGACGUUCCAAAAAUCAACAGUAAUGUCUCUUUCACCACCAUCACAUUCUCCACCCUUAAUAAUGUUAUGCCAACACGGAACUCCAGCUUCAACACUACCAGCAAUUACACUGUCACAGAUAAUGCAAUAAACGCUGCUGUGGUGCUAGUCAAAACAAAUGCAGUGGUUCAGAAUGUUACUCUGAGCUUCAACAAGCUUAACAGUUCGCUAUUACUAAACCCACAGUGUGUCUUCUGGAACUUCAAACUCUUUAAUCAGUCGGGGGUUUGGGAUGAUGAGGGUUGUACGUUUGUUUCUGAUGUAAACAACACUGUAACCUGCAGCUGCAACCAUCUCACCUCAUUCUCAAUUCUGAUGGCAACAGACAUCCCUCCAGACCUGAGAGAAGCCUUGGAUAUAAUCACUUAUAUUGGAGUUGGGAUAUCUCUGGCAAGCUUAGUUAUAUGUCUCAUUAUUGAAGGAUACGUGUGGAAAGAAAUGACUAGAAAUAGCACUUCCUUCAUGCGCCAUGUUUCCAUCGUUAACACUGCCCUUUCUCUGUUGAUCGCUGACAUCUGUUUCAUCAUCGGGGCUUCUAUUGCCAAGAACCCCCUUGAAAACCCAGUUCCAGUUGGACCAUGCAGCACAGCAACAUUUUUUAUGCACUUUUUCUACCUUGCUCUGUUUUUUUGGAUGCUUGUGUCGGGCCUUCUGCUCUUUUACCGCACGGUCAUGGUCUUCUCCCACAUGUCCAAGUCAACCAUGUUGGCCAUUGGCUUCCUAUUAGGCUACGGGUGCCCUCUGAUUAUAGCUGUUAUUACUGUUGCUGUCACAGCACCAGGGAAUGGAUACAUCAAGGCAGACAAUGCUUGCUGGCUCAACUGGAUCCAGACACGUGCCCUGCUGGCCUUAGUGAUACCUGCCUUGACUAUAAUUUUCAUCAACAUAAUAAUCGUGAUCGUGGUAUUAUUCAAAAUGCUGAGAAGAGGUGUAGGAGACGCCACCCAAAGAAAUGAAAAGCAAACGCUGGUGGUCAUUGUCAGGUGUUUAGCCAUUUUGACUCCUUUAUUUGGACUGACCUGGGCUUUGGGAGUGGGAACCAUAAUAUCGUCAACAGAUAAGGGAAUCCACAUUGCUUUUGCAUUCUUCAAUUCACUACAGGGUUUCUUCAUUUUAGUGUUUGGGACACUAUUCGAUUCAAAGAUCCGUUCUAUCCUCUCAAGAAAAUUACCUACAGCAAGCACAGGCUCAAAUACAACAAGAAGUACAAGUGGAGGCAUUUCCUCUCUCCCUGGCCUAAACUGGAUAAAUCAAAUGCGUGGAAGAAGAUAUAUGUAUCGUGUGUCAGAAGCUGCAAACUCAAGCAGCACUGGUGCAUCGGAGUCAUUCGUCAAUAUCUGAAUUCACGAAUCAAACUGUACACAUAUAUUUUAUUUAAUUACUGAUU